AUGUCUUAUAGGUUUGCCGUCACCUCAAUAUUAAGAGAUAUUAACCGCUCUCAUUUAUAUAAUUACCAAAUCUUAAGAAACUAUUCUAAGGUUCCAACUAAACCUGUUGAAACCCUAGAGAGUACAAAUAUACCAAAAACAAAUUUGGACCAGAAUACAAUUGCUCUUUUAGAGAGAUUAUCUUUAGUGAAAUUUGAUACAAAUCAAGGUAAAAAAGUACUGGAAGAUUCAAUAGAUUUUGCUAGUAAAAUCUUGCAUAUAGACACAACUGAAGUAGAACCUCUAUACACAGUGUUAGAAAAUGAAAAUUUAAAACUUCGUAAUGAUGUUAUCACACAAGGAAAUUGCCAAGUAGAUAUUUUGAAAAAUGCAGUUCUAAAAGAUGAUGACUACUUUGUUGCACCUCCAGGAAAUAUUCCGUUACAUGAAGUAGAAGAAAAAGAAAAUGCAGAAAUUGAUAAAAAUGAAAGCAGAAAUUAA